AUGAAGGGCUUCUCAAAACUCACGAGCUAUUGUAAGCUCUUGGUGGCCUGCAACCCCUCUAGACGUGAAAUCUGCAUGCUAGUAGUGGGAUUCUUCAGUGCAAUUGCAUCCGGUGUCCCAUUCCCGAUCAUUGGUAUUGUCUUUGGUGCACUGCUUGACGAUUUCAACUCGGCAACUUGCGCCCAGAAGGAUGGGACCGCAACCGCCUCCACCGAGUCUUCCGACCAGAGCUCUAUCAACAGCGAGAUUCUUCUGAUCGUCUACCUGGCUAUUGCUCAGUUCGUCACGAUCUAUAUUCACCUCACAUGUUGGACCAUGACUGGUGCCCGAUUGGCGCAGCGACUCCGCGAGAACUACCUGAAGAACUUGCUCCGCCAAGAGCCAUCUUACUUCGAUAACCUGCCUCCCGGCGAGGUCGCCUCGCGUCUCAACAGCGAUAUUCAAACCAUUCGAUCUGGUACAUCCGAGAAAGUCGGAAUUGUCCUCUCGGCGGUCGCGUUUUUUGUCACCGCCUACAUCGUUGCCUUUAUCAAGGACUGGAGGCUUGCUUGCAUGCUGCUGUCACUGAUCCCAGCCUACAUGUUGAUGUCGUUUGUCGGCAGUCAUUAUAUUGAAAAGUACUCUGUGCUCAUGUCCGAUCAUGCUGCUAGUGCUGCAUCUAUUGCUUCCGAAGCGCUGUCCAACACUGUUGUGGUGCAGGCCUUUGGCGCCAAUACUCGUCUGGAGGAGAAGUUCUCCAAGGCGCUCAAACUCUCGGAAGGCGAAGGCCUGAAAAAGGCUUUGGUGGUGGGUAUCCAGUCUGGUGUUCUAUACUUUGUUGCAUACGGUGCGAACGGUCUGGCCUUCUGGCAAGGUGCCAAGUCAGUUGCGAAGUCAGUGGCAACUGGGGAUGCAGGUGUCACUGUUGGUGCAACCUUCACUGUGAUCUUUGUAUUGAUUGAAGCCACCUUGAUGUUCAGUCAAGUUUCGCCAUUCCUCCACUUGUUUGUCCAGGCUGUUGCUUCCUACUCCAAGAUUAAAGAAGAUCUUGAGCGUGUGCCCAAGAUUGACGGCACUUCUGAAUCCGGAAUUCGUAUCACUCAGGCCGAGGGUGGCUUCGAGUUCAAGAAUGUCUCUUUCACUUAUCCUUCCCGCCCUGAGAUCACUGUCCUUGACAACAUCAGCCUGAGCAUCCCUGCCAACAAACACACUGCUCUGGUUGGCCUCUCUGGCAGUGGAAAAUCAACUAUUGCGGGCCUGAUCACAAGACUGUAUGACCCCAACUCGGGUCAAAUUACCUUUGAUGGCCAUGAUAUCCAGGAAGUCAACGUGAAGGAUCUCAGAAGUUUCCUCAGCCUGGUUCAGCAGGAACCCUCUCUACUUGACCGCUCUCUUCUGGAGAACAUCGCCCACGGUUUGAUCAACUCAAGCAAUCCGAACCACGCCCACCUCAAGGAGGUCUUCAUCCGUCCUGAUCUGGAAGAGCUCGCAGCCAAACUGCGUGAUGGAAUGGACCUCAUGACUGAAGCCGCGAAAUUCGGCUCCGACGUUGUCGAAAUUGUGGAAUUGGUUAAGAAGGCUACCGUGCUCGCCGAUGCGGAAGGGUUCAUCUCUCGCUUGCAAUAUGGACUCGGUACUGUUGUUGGAUCCAGUGGGCGGUUGAUCAGUGGUGGCCAGAAGCAGCGUAUUUCGCUCGCUCGUGCCCUAAUCCGUGACCCUGCUGUCCUCAUUCUCGACGAGGCCACUGCCUCUCUGGAUUCCCACAGUGAACAGCGUAUUCAAAAGGCCAUCAACAACAUUGCCACCGGACGUACCGUUGUCACUAUUGCUCACCGAUUGUCCACCAUCACUGGAGCGGAUAACAUCAUCGUAAUGCACAAGGGUGUCAUCAUCGAGCAAGGUAACCAUGCCGAGCUGAUGGCCAAGGAUGGAUCUUAUGCCGAGCUCGUCAAGUUGCAGACCCUCAGCAGCACCCCUGAUAAAAAUGAAACUACCAUCACCGUGGAGACUAUCAGCAAGUCUGAUCAGAACUCUGUGACAGCUGGUGACAUUGAGAAGGCUGAAUCAUCCAAUACUGCUUAUGAGAACAUCAAGGAGAAGGUUCCCUCAAUUGAGGAAAACCCGGUUGGGGACUCUGGCGACGAGGCCGAGGAAGAAGAGCUCGAGGCCCCCAGAAAGUCUCUUUGGGCUCUUUGCAAAGGCUUUGCCCCAACUCUGCGCCCGCAUAUGCUCGUCAUUUUUCUUGCCCUGCUCGGCUCCGUCAUUGUCGGAGGAGCUUUCUCUGGCGAGGCUGUCAUUUUCGGAAACACCGUCGGUAGUUUGAACCCAUGUAACAGUGCGGCCUACAUUCGGUCGCAGGGUGACUUUUAUGGACUCAUGUUCUUUGUUCUCGCUAUAAUUGAGUUCUUCGCCAACGUCGUCAGUUGGGCUGGGUUCGGCUGGGUCUCCGAGAAGGUUGUAUACACGGUCCGUGUUUUGUCUUUCCGAUCUUUGUUCGAGCAGGAUCUCCAGUGGCACCAGUCGAAUGGACGUACUCCCCCCUUGCUUCUUUCCUACAUUACCAGAGACGGUAAUGCUCUUGCUGGCCUGAGUGGUUCCAUCAUUGGUACUCUGUUCUCUAUCACCGUUAACCUCUUCGCCGCUAUCAUCCUAACCCACAUCAUUGCUUGGAAGAUCGCCUUGGUCUGUCUUGCACUGGUUCCCCUUCUUCUCGGAGCUGGUUUUAUGGAACUCCUUAUCCUCGGCCGAUUUGAGGAACGUCACGAGAACGCCUAUUCCCUGUCCGUGGACAUUGGCGUUGAGGCUAUUACCAACAUCAAGACCAUUGCCUCCCUUUCCCUCGAAGACCAGACCCUCAAGACCUACCGCAAGUCUCUCAAUGGCCCUCGCAAGGAGACCCUCAAUGUUACCCUGCAGGCCAGCGCCUGGCAGUCCACUACCUACUUCCUCGGUAACUGUGUGAACGCCCUGGCAUACUGGUGGGGUGCCAAGCAGAUCAUCAACGGUACCUACACUCAGACUCAAUUCCUGAUUGUCGUCUUUUCCCUUCUGGUCAGCGCUCUCUUGUGGAGUCAGAUGUUCGCUCUUGCCCCCGAACUUUCUCAAGCCCGUGCUGCCAUGGCCAGGAUUCUGGAUCUCAUCGAGCAGGGCUCUGACAAGAUGCGUGGUCGUGUUCCUACUCAUGCUCCCAAUGUCGUCCCGAAAGACGGAGAUAUCGAGUCUGUCGAGCCCAAGGCCAUCCAGUCCAACUCAACUGCAUCCAGCGUCCAGCUUCGCGAUGUCCACUUUGCCUACCCCGCUCGCCCGGAUAUGAAGGUUCUGAACGGCCUGUCCGUCGAUAUCAAGCCAGGCCAGUUCUGCGCCCUCGUCGGCCCAAGUGGUGCCGGUAAAUCGACAAUCAUCUCCCUGGCCGAGCGCCUCUACCUCCCAGAGUCUGGAUCAAUCCUGAUCGACGGUCUUGACGUAACAAAGACCCGAGACCCCUCUUUCCGCGACAACAUCUCCCUGGUACCCCAGGAGAGUGUUCUCUUCGAGGGAACAGUUGAAUUCAACAUCGGCCUCGGCGCCAAACCCGGCAAAGAAGCUACACACGAGGAGAUUGUCGAAGCCUGCAAGCUCGCCAACAUUCACGAGACCAUCGAGUCAUUGCCUGAGGGAUACAACACCAUGUGUGGACCGAACGGUAACCAGUUCUCCGGUGGUCAGAAGCAGAGAUUGUCCAUUGCCCGUGCGCUGGUUCGCAAGCCUAAGCUGUUGAUCUUGGAUGAGUCGACCAGUGCGUUGGACGCUGAGUCUGAGAAGCUUCUCCAGGACGGUCUUAGCAAGGCUGCUAAGGGUAUCACUGUUAUUGCGAUUGCUCAUCGUCUGCACACUAUCCGCAAGGCUGAUGUCAUUUUCUUGAUUGACGCUGGACGUUGCACUGAUAGUGGAUCACAUGAGGAGUUGCUUGAGAGGUCCGAGAGUUAUCGGACUAAUGUUAUGCACCAGACUGUUGCCACUUAA